GCGGCCGCCUCCAGCCGCCCGGCUGCUGAUCCGGCUCCGCGGGGGAAGGAACGAGAUGGUCAGCCCGAGCGCCGCAGCAAAAUGCUGGAUGGACACCGCCUGCUCCGCUGGCUCUUCUUCUCCUGCGCGCUCCUAGUGCUGCUGCUCGCCGGCGCCCCGGGACCGUCCCUUGCCUACUUCGGGUUGACUGGGAAUGAACCCCUGACCAUCCUCCCUCUGACUUCAGAAAUGGAGGAAGCUGCCGUCAAAGCCCAUUACAAAAUCUGUGACCGCCUGAAGCUGGAGAAGAAGCAGCGGAGGAUGUGCCGGCGAGAUCCCGGUGUGGCCGAGACCCUCGUGGAGGCCAUCAGCAUGAGCGCCCUCGAGUGCCAGUACCAGUUCCGCUUUGAGCGGUGGAACUGCACCCUCGAGGGGCGCUAUCGGGCCAGCCUUCUGAAGAGAGGUUUCAAGGAGACGGCCUUUCUCUAUGCCAUCUCUUCGGCAGGACUCACGCACGCCAUGGCCAAGGCUUGCAGCGCCGGGCGGAUGGAGCGAUGCACCUGCGACGAGGCCCCCGACCUGGAGAACCGGGAGGCCUGGCAGUGGGGCGGCUGCGGCGACAACCUCAAGUACAGCAACAAGUUUGUCAAGGAGUUCCUGGGGAAGAAGUCCAACAAGGACCUGCGAGCCAGGGUGGAUUUCCACAACAACCUAGUUGGCAUGAAGGUGAUCAAAGCUGGCGUCGAGACCACCUGCAAGUGCCAUGGCGUUUCCGGUUCCUGCACCGUCCGGACUUGCUGGCGUCAGCUCUCCCCGUUCCACGAGAUUGGCAAGCAGCUGAAGCAGAGGUACGAGAUGGCCCUCAAAGUGGGCAGCACGACCAACGAGGCCACGGGCGAGGGUGACAUCUCCCCGCCCAAGAAGUCCAUCCCGGGCCACGGCGACCAAAUCCCACGGACUACGGACCUCGUCUACAUCGACGACUCGCCCAGCUUCUGCCUGGUGAGCCGCUACUCGCCCGGCACGUCGGGCAGGAAGUGUUACAAGGACAAGAACUGCGAGAGCAUCUGCUGCGGGCGGGGGCACAACACCCAGAGCCGCGUGGUGACCAGGCCCUGCCAGUGCCAGGUCCGCUGGUGCUGCUACGUGGAGUGCAAACAGUGUACGCAGAGGGAGGAGGUCUACACGUGCAAGGACUGAUGCGGCAAGCGAGAGGGGUCUUGCACGCCAGCGGAUCGCCUUUGCUGAUGAUGGGAGAGGGCCCACCCAGGGAGGUGAAACAGGGUUUGAAAGGGUGUUUUUUCACGGUUGACUUGAGAAGCGAUUGCCGAGAUGAUGUAAGCACUUUGUAGGGUACAGGUGACCCCCCCAACUCUUGCCUUCUUGUUUCCUCGACCUUCUGGCCCCCUUCUCUGCAAACCCAGCUGAUGCUUCUGGAGGUCCAAGUGCAUGGAGACAAGUGCCUAUUGCAUGGAGUCCGUAUCGAUUGUUUGUGCGCCGUUGCGAAAAAUGCAACAAAAUAAUUUGUGGUGGCUGAGAUGGGAUUCCUAGCUGUUUCCCCUUGUCACUGCCCUUCACGAAACCUUGGCUGAACAAGGCAUUCUCUUUUGGGUAGAGAACCUUCUGGCCUGUAAUCUGGAUUGUCCUGUUUGUUCCAUGGCUGGCCUGACUGUCUUCAGAUCCAUGGUGAGGAAUGAAAAAAAGCAC